AUGCCGAGCGACACGACCACGUACAAGGGCAAGCCCUUUGAGCGUGCUGCCUUUGAGCAGCUCAUGAAGCACAAGUACUUCUAUGCGCCCUCGUUCGACAUCUACGGCGGCGUCGCUGGCCUCUAUGACUACGGCCCGCCCGGCUCUGCCCUCACCGACAACAUUGUCGACAUCUGGCGGGAGCACUUUGUGCUCGAGGAGGAUAUGCUCAAGGUCGAGCCCACCAUCCUCACCACGCACGAUGUGCUCAAGACGUCGGGCCACGUGGACAAGUUUGCCGACUGGAUGUGCAAGGACCCCAAGACGGGCGAGAUCUUCCGCGCCGACCACUUGGUCGAGGAGGUGCUCGAGGCCCGGCUGAAGGGCGACAAGGAGGCGCGCGGCCAAAAGGUCGAGGCCGAGGAGGAGGACCCCAAGAAGAAGAAGAAAAAGGUCAAGAACAUUGCCGCCGUCAAGCUCGACGACUCGAUGGUCAAGGAGAUUGAGGAGGUCCUGGCCAAGAUCGACAACUACGACGGUGAGGAGCUGGGCCUGCUGAUGAAGAAGUACGACAUCAAGAACCCGGCCACCAAUGGCGACCUCCAGCCCCCGGUUGCCUUCAACCUCAUGUUCCAGACGUCCAUCGGCCCCUCGUCGAACCUGCCCGCCUACCUGCGACCCGAGACGGCCCAGGGCCAGUUUGUCAACUUCCAGAAGCUGCUGGACCACAACAUGCAGCAGAUGCCGUUUGCGUCUGCGUCGAUUGGCAAGUCGUUCCGCAACGAAAUCUCGCCUCGCCAGGGCCUGCUGCGUGUGCGCGAGUUCCUCAUGGCCGAGAUUGAGCAUUUUGUCGACCCAGAGGGCGGCAAGAAGCACCCACGGUUCCACGAGGUCAAGGACGUGGAGCUCGAGCUGCUCAACCGGGACGUGCAGCUCUCUGGCAAGACGACGGUCGAGACGACCAAGAUUGGCACGGCCGUCGAGACGGGCCUGGUGGACAACGAGACGCUCGGCUACUUCCUUGCCCGCAUCCAGCUGUUCCUCCUCAAGAUUGGUGUGGAUCCCAAGAAGAUCCGGUUCAGGCAGCACAUGGCCAACGAGAUGGCGCACUACGCGGCCGACUGCUGGGAUGCCGAGCUGCUCACAUCGUACGGGUGGAUCGAGUGUGUUGGCUGUGCCGACCGGAGCGCAUACGACCUUUCGGUGCACAUGAAGAAGACGGGCGCGCCUCUGAUUGUGCGUGAGACGAGAAAGGAGCCGCUCAAGGUGGAGGAGUGGCAGUGCGACAUUGACAAGAAGAAGUUUGGGCCCAAGUUCAAGAAGAACGGCAAGACGGUCAAAGCGGCCAUUGAGGCGCUGACACAAGACAUGCGCGAGAAGCUGUCGCUAGACCUGGAGAAGGAGGGCAAGAUUGUCAUUGACGUGCCUGACGUGGGCGAUGGCAAGGUCGAGGUGCCCAAGGAGCUCAUCACAAUCGAGAAGCGCACGCGGGUGGAGACGAUGCGGGAAUACACACCCAACGUGAUUGAGCCGUCGUUUGGCAUUGGGCGCAUCUUCUAUGCGCUGUGCGAGCACGUCUACUGGACUCGCGAGCAGGACGACGCACGUGCUGUGCUCUCGUUCCCACCGGCGGUUGCGCCAACCAAGGUGCUGAUUGUGCCGCUCAGCUCCAACCCCGACUUUGAGCCUUUUAUCAAGAAGGUCAAGGACGAGCUGCGGAAGCUGGGCAUCUCGAACCGCGUCGACGCUUCGGGAGCGUCGAUUGGCAAGCGCUAUGCACGAAACGACGAGGUGGGCACGCCGCUGGGCGUGACGGUCGACUUCCAAUCCAUCAAGGACAAGACGUUUACGCUCCGCGACCGCGACACGACGGAGCAAGUGCGGUCGAGCCUCGGGGACAUUGCGCAGGCCAUUUCCAACAUUGUCAAGGGCGAGGAGCAGUGGUCGGAUGUGGCCAAGCGGCUGCCCAAGUUUGAGGGCCAAGAAGUCGACUGA